AUGCCCUUAAAUGCAGGCUGUCACCCGUCGCUGGAUGUGCUAGUUCAUUGUCACCGGUCCUCUGCGUUUGGCCAAAUAGACGCUCUUUUGCUUUUGCUGACAAUCUAUCUAAAGACGAUAUCUCGAUGGAAAUAUCCAUCAGCCUUUUCGUUCAUUGUGUCUAUUGUUCACUCUGCAUCUAUCUAUCUAUCUAUCUAUCUAUCUAUCUAUCUAUCUAUCUAUCUAUCUAUCUAUCUAUCUUCUGUUCCUGAUAGCUCCUAUCUAUCUAUCUAUCUCUUUAUUCUUUCUAUCUUUCUUUCUUUCUUUUCUUUCAUUCUUUCAAGUCUAUCUAUCUGUCAUCUAUCUAUCUAUCUAUCUAUCUAUUUCAGAGUCUUUCUUUUCUUUCUUUCUUUCUUUCUUUCUAUCUUUCAGGGAGUCUUUUUCUUUCAGAGAGUCUAUCUAUCAUCUUCUAUCUAUCUAUUCUUUCUUUCUUUCUUUCUUUCUUUCUUUCUUUCAGAGAGUCUAUCUAUCUAUCUAUCUAUCUAUCUAUCUAUCCGAGAUCCUUUUUCUUUCUUUCUUUCUUUUUCUUUUCUUCUUUCUUUCUUUCUUUCAGGAAUCUAUCUAUCUAUCUAUCUAUCUAUCUAUCUAUCUAUCUAUCUAUCUAUCUAUCUAUCAACCAGAGAUUCUUUCUUUCUUUCUUUCUUUCUUUCUUUCUUUCUUCCUUUCUUUCUUUCUUUCUUUCUUUCUUUCUUUCUUUCUUUCAGAGAGUCUUUCUUUUUGUCAGAGAGUCUAUCUAUCUAUCUAUCUAUCUAUCUAUCUAUCUAUCUAUCUAUCUAUCAACCAGAGAUUCUUUCUUUCUUUCUUUCUUUCUUUUCUUUCUUUCUUUCUUUCAGAGAGUCUUUCUUUCUGUCAGAGAGAUAUCUCUAUAUCUAUCUAUCUAUUCAUCUAUCUAUAUAUAUCUAUCUAUCUAUCAACCAGAGAGUCUUUCUUUAUUUCUUUAUAACGAGCUAG